AUCAUAGUUUAUGUCAGCGCAUUGCUGGUCUGCAAGACUGUACAUUCUCUUAGACAACAGAAACGAGUCUUAACUGCACAGUGUUCAAGGUGAAUAACAGAGCUGAAAAUAAUUUGAACAAACGAGAAAUUGGGGAAGUGUGUCUAUGCGCAUCAAUUAGCAAGAAUGGAUAUAAGGCGGAUCAAUGGCAUUCUCAUUUGUUUAAGGGCUAGAGGCAGUGGAAAAUUCGCUCCAACAUGUUGAUUUGAUUAAUUAAAUCAAAUUAUAACCCUGCAAAAUAAUUAAAUAGGCUGAAGACAGACGGAACAUUAAGUAUACUAUUAAAAGGGUAUCAUUACCAACAAAUACAGAACACGUGUAGGGAAAUUUAUUCCUACAUUCCCACGCUGACAUAUCACACACUCACACAUGCCAGUUCCUAUGUCCUUCACUCUCUCCAUCUUACUCACAUAGAAACAAACUCAUCACCUGCAAACAUGACAGAAAAUGUGAGCUCAAGGAUGGACACCCCAACCAACAUUUCCUUGGUGGGACCAGGGGACCCCAUAUCCCAGUGUCUGGAGUACAAGACUGUGGCAGUUUUUCUGGUUCUGCUAGUCUGUGGACUUGGCAUUGUGGGUAAUAUCAUGGUGGUUCUGGUGGUCCUCACCACGAGACACAUGCGUACACCCACUAACUGCUACCUGGUCAGCCUGGCCAUAGCGGACCUGACCGUGCUGGUUGCCGCUGGUCUGCCCAAUGUGUCAGACAGCCUGACGGGUACCUGGGUGUUUGGGCAUGCUGGCUGCCUUGGCAUCACCUACCUCCAGUACCUUGGCAUCAAUGUGUCCUCCUGCUCUAUCACAGCCUUUACUGUGGAGAGGUACAUUGCUAUCUGCCACCCAAUGAGGGCCCAGACAGUGUGCACGGUGUCCCGGGCCAAGCGGAUCAUAGCAGGGGUGUGGGUGUUCACCUGUGUCUACUGCAUGCUGUGGUUCUUCCUGGUGGACAUCCAGGUAAUGAAGAGCGGCAGCAUCCAGUGUGGCUACAAGGUGUCCCGUGACCUCUACCUCCCCAUAUACCUCAUUGACUUUGCCAUCUUCUAUGUGAUCCCUCUGCUCCUGGCCAUCGUCCUGUACGGCCUCAUCGCCCGCAUCCUGUACCUCAAUCCACUCCCCAACCGGCCCGAUGUGGGCACGGUCUCCUCUGGUGCCACCAUGCUCCGCAGGAGCUGCAAGGAACCAGCAGAUGGAGGGAAAGGGGGUCGUCAGGGCCGCCCGAAGAGCACGCUCUCCUCCAGGAAACAGGUCACUAAGAUGCUCUCAGUGGUGGUGAUCCUGUUCGCUUUACUGUGGAUGCCCUACCGGACCUUGGUCCUUAUUAACUCCUUCAUUGCCACACCCUACCUGGACGCAUGGUUUGUUCUGUUCUGUCGGAUCUGUAUGUAUGCCAACAGCGCCAUCAACCCCGUAGUGUACAACCUGAUGUCUCAGAAGUUCCGUUCAGCGUUCCGCAGGCUCUACAGAUGCCAGAGCCAGGAGGCCCACCACCGCACCCUCUCCAUGAUCCAGAGCGGCUAUAGCAUGGCCAGGGACCCACGCACCCCACAGCAGACCAGCAACGGGACCAAACAGGGGGCCAGGAGAGUGACCUGCACUGACACAGUGACAGAGUGGCAGAGCAAAGACACCUCCCCAGACAAAGAGAAGAAGGAUCUGGAUCACCUGAAGGAAGAUAGAAAAGACACAAGCUGUGGUGAGAUCAAAUCAACACCUCAACAACCUGAGAUCAACUCCACAUCUGGGCAAACUGAGAUCAUAUUCACGCCUAGGCAAAAUGAGAUCAAAUCUACACUUGGGCUGAAUGUGAUCAAAUCCACACCUGGGCAAAAUGAGAUAAAAUCCACACCUGGGCAGAACGAGAUCAAGUCCACAACUGGGCAAAAUGAAAUAAAGUCCACACCUGGGCCAACUGAGAUGACUGAGGCAGAAAUGAAUCACACAGUGCUGUAGAUAAAACAAGCCUGUUUUCACAUGAGGAAGUGAGUAUUAGUCAUUCACCAAUUCAAACACAUUUUGGUAACAUAUCAAGCCCUUGAUGGGUAUUGCAGGAUGCAUUGGAAUGGAAAAGUCAUCCAUCUCAUUACCCUUGAAUAAGCACUAUCACCUAUUGUAGAAUGAAACGAUUCUCGCCAAUAAUACUAUAUACAUUUAGGAUUCUGGAUUUUUGGCUGUUGCAUAUUCCC